AUGGCUGAUGAAUCCUAUCACGCUGACAAUGUGUCAAUAAGGUCUGCUGGCACCGUCUGUUAUGUCGCCGCCCUUGAUACUACUCUACGAACCCCUUCNCCUGAACCAUUUGUCGAGGAGCCCGAAGAUGAGAACGACUUCGAUCCAGCAUUUCGUUUGAUGGUCGAGCAGUCUAAGAGCCUGAAAGAAACCUUCCAGAAACGGUCACUCGAAUAUGGUGAGCUCAAGUACGAGCUGCGCCGCGCAAGAGACUUCUACGACCAUCUCUAUCGCAUUGAUUUCAACGUUUCAAGCGCGAUACUUGCUACUCAAGAGAUUCUGGAAGUCUCGAGCUUCACUUUUCGCGAUUUUCGCAGCCACCUUUCGAGGCAGAAGCAUCAACAGAAAGAAUUCUUUGGUUCUCGCGUCACACGUAUCAGGACUACCUUCGACCAGCUUGAACGUCUUGCUGAAGAAAAUGAAGUCUUGCUUGACAAACUUCGUGUCCUUCAUUAUCCCGUCGAAGAAUUCCAACACAUCGCACGCCGCGACAAGCUGAUGCGAUCUCAGAACAAUCUCGAUUUCGUGAUCAAAGAACUCCAUGAGGAACUUUCGGCUUUCUUGUCCUCGAGAUUGACAAUCAUCUAUUCAGAGUGA